UCCCAGAGGCAAAUUAUACACGCACCGACAACACAUGCGCACGAAAGCGGCCAUAUUCGAGCAACGUUACCGGCAACAAGCAAAAUAAAGGUGUCAAGAUGUCCAAGAGGAAACCUAAAGUUGAGGAAGAGAAAGAUAAGCUGACAAGAAUCGCCAUUGUCAGCAGUGACAAAUGUAAACCUAAGAAAUGUCGUCAAGAAUGCAAGAAGUUUUGUCCUGUAGUACGAAUGGGAAAAUUAUGCAUUGAAGUUACACCAACAGAUAAAAUAGCCUUUAUAUCAGAAGAUCUUUGCAUUGGAUGUGGUAUAUGUUCAAAGAAAUGUCCUUUUGAAGCAAUCAACAUCAUCAAUUUACCAAGUAAUCUUGCGAAAGACACAACACAUAGGUACAGCGCAAACAGCUUUAAACUGCAUAGAUUGCCGACCCCUAGACCAGGUGAAGUCCUUGGUCUGGUGGGGACAAACGGUAUCGGGAAGUCAACAGCGCUCAAGAUUCUUGCUGGGAAACAAAAGCCAAAUCUUGGCAGAUUCAGCGAUCCCCCAGACUGGACGGAGAUCCUGACCUACUUUCGAGGCUCAGAGUUGCAGAAUUUCUUCACUAAGAUUCUGGAAGAUGACCUGAAAGCCAUCAUCAAGCCCCAAUAUGUGGACCAGAUUCCCCGCGCUGUCAAGGGGUCAGUUCAGACACUUUUGGACAAAAAAGAUGAUAUAGGAAUCCAGGAUGAGAUCUGCAAACAGCUAGACCUUCUGCAUGUGAAGGAUCGAGAUGUGGAAGCGUUGUCCGGCGGAGAGCUACAGAGAUUUGCCUGUGCAAUGGUCUGCAUACAGAAGGCUGACAUCUUUAUGUUUGAUGAGCCAUCAAGUUACCUGGACGUAAAGCAGAGAUUGAAUGCUGCCAUUGCCAUCCGUAACCUGAUUGCCUCGGACAAGUACAUCAUUGUGGUGGAGCACGAUCUCUCUGUGCUGGACUACCUCUCUGACUUCAUCUGCUGUUUGUAUGGCGUGCCUGGAGCAUAUGGUGUGGUCACUAUGCCCUUCGGUGUCAGAGAAGGUAUCAACAUUUUCCUUGAUGGGUUUGUGCCUACUGAGAACCUGCGUUUCCGAGAGGUGUCACUCACCUUCAAAGUGGCGGAGACUGCAAUGGAGGAGGAGAUCAAGAGAAUGUGCAGAUAUGAGUACCCAGAUAUGGUGAAAAACCUCGGUUCAUUCAGCCUGAAAGUGAAUGCUGGCCAGUUUACAGACUCUGAGAUUGUUGUGAUGUUGGGGGAAAAUGGAACCGGGAAGACAACAUUCAUCAGGAUGUUGGCUGGCAAACUGCAGCCAGAUUCAGGAGGCCAGUGUCCGGUGCUAAAUGUGAGCUACAAGCCCCAGAAGAUCAGCCCCAAGUCUCAGGGCUCGGUCCGCCAGUUACUUCAUGAUCGCAUCAGGGACGCCUACAUCCACCCGCAGUUUGUGACUGACGUGAUGAAACCGCUCCUCAUUGAAUGUAUCAUGGAUCAGGAGGUACAAAAUCUGUCUGGAGGAGAAUUACAGAGAGUGGCACUGACCCUGUGCCUUGGAAAGCCUGCGGAUGUGUACCUGAUCGACGAGCCCUCCGCCUACCUAGACUCUGAACAGCGUCUCCAUGCUGCCAAGGUUAUCAAGAGGUUUAUCCUUCAUGCUAAGAAGACGGCGUUUGUGGUCGAGCACGAUUUCAUCAUGGCGACAUACCUGGCCGACAGAGUGGUUGUGUUUGAAGGCAACCCUGGCAUCGACACUAUAGCUAACACGCCUCAGUCUCUACUGAAUGGCAUGAACAAGUUCCUCAAGUCCCUGGACAUCACAUUCCGUCGGGACCCAAACAACUUCCGACCCAGAAUCAACAAGCUCGCCUCCGUCAAGGAUACAGAGCAGAAGAAGGGUGGGAAUUAUUUCUUCCUUGAAGAUUAAGGCACCCUAGUGGUGUCUGACAAACCACUCGUUAGGAGGCCCAGCCUGCAGUACAUGAAAACAGUCAAUCUGGUCUGCUGGUCAAGGUUUAAUACUUCAAAAGACAGUAACAAUGAAGAAAUUUGUGCGAUCAAAUCCUUGUUGCAUGGAUACACAUUCUAUAUUCAAGAGUCCCUGCAUGGCAUUUGUUUUCUAUCAAUUUGCCAUUUUAACAGGCAAAGUUUUGACCCUGUCCCAGUCUUGCUGUUAUUUUAUAUCACUACAGCAUUUGAAAAUUUAACAUCGUUGACAGAAGAUUUGUUUUCUUGGAUACAACCUUUGACCCCUGCUUGUUCAGGUCCAGGUCAUCUAGGUGGAGGGAAGAAGUAUUGCAGGCUGUUUUGGUGGAUUGCAGGGGAUAGUUUCACAGUAACAGUGACCUUCAUGUGGGGUUGGCAAGGGUUAGAUGACUUUGUUGGUUUCUGUUGCUAUGACAACUAUUUUAGCCUCCCAAUAAUAGAUGAAAUAUAUUUUGAUUUUUUUCUGUCUUUAAUUUUAAGGUAGAAUACUUGUCUGUGUGUUUCUUUUCAAGUUUUUUUUUCCUGUUAAGGGGAAUUGAUUUCAAUUCUUGUUAUGUCCUUGAUUUUAGUUUCCUGAAAAUUUAACCAUAUUGUCAUAGCAACAGAAACCAAACAUGCACAGCCCAAAAGAUACUAUUUGUAUAAGUCUUAGGAUAAAAUAGUAUCACAGUGCUCCAGCUAGGCCUAAAUAGCAGGAUGGGGCAUUAUACUGCCCUUUUCCCGCUCCCUGCUGCCUUUUUACCAAAUGUCCCUAAAUCUGGUCCGUAGUGUCCCUAAAUCUGGUCCGUAAUGUCUGGUCCAUAAUGUCCAUGGUCCGUAGUGUCCGUAAUUCAUCCUGAUGUGCCCUUUUGUUUGACAGAGUUAAUUUUCAAAAGUAUAGAAAUAAUAUACAUAAUUUUGACACUGAUGUAUACAUAACAUCUAAGGUAUUCGAAACAAACUAUUAGUUAUAAAAGAAGUUGCAACACGUACACAAUAACAAUUGAACAUUGACGCUUGCAAGUGCCCAAUCACUGCUCAUUCAAUGCGCAUCACAAAUGCCCUUUCUGACCUAGCACCCUUUCCCAUUUCAAAUCCUUGCUGGAGCACUGGUGUCUAAAGUAUUUAACAGCCAAACACUUGACAUCAAUUAGCUGCUCGUUGAUAUGAAUGGUUUAUAUUGGGGAUAGUGGAACAAAGACACCACACAGUUACUGUGAUUUUAUUCCAUUGAAGUGAACUCGCUAGUGCUAGAAUUUGGUGCUGUUGGUCACCUUAGGUAAUCUGUAUGGUACACAGAUGCGCCUACUCACUGAAUUUUAUUUGUAAAAUAACCUGGUUAUGUAUUUAUUUGUACAAAAAUGAAAUUUUUAUGUGAUGCUGAUAAUUCAAAACGAAAUUGUUGAAAUGUUGCAUGAAUCAAAGACUACAAGGAAAUGUAUAGUGGCAUGUUUUAGCCAUACUGCUUAACCCUUGAUUAAAAAAAACUGUAAUCAUGUCUUAAACACUAUUCACGACAACCUAUGACUUAGAAGAUUGAUAUUUUUGUUAUUUGUGAUAAAGAAGAUAACAAAAGUGAUUAAGUUUUCAGGAAAAUAAAAGAUAACUUCUUUA